AGAGAGGACGCUACCACAUACUGCAACUUGAAUGAUGUACGGCUGGUGCAGAUGCGCAUCGGACGGUAGAAUCUACCCUCCUACGAGUACAAGGUGACCACAAGAUAGUAUCGAUUUACAAAGUGUUGUAUUGCAGUCGUGAAUAGCUUUUAAAUACUAACUACUUGAGAGAAGAGAUCAUGUUGGCCUUUCACAACGAGCAUAUUGCCAGCUGCGCUUUCCUGACAUACUUCAGUCCGGAGAGCUCCGCUACACCUGCGACAUCGCCCACGACGGCGGCCCAAACGUCGCUCUAUAAUGACAAGCAAUCGAUAACAGGGGUUGCCCACCCUUGCGGCGCUUUAAGCGUGCGGCGCAUGCGCUUGCAGCAACAUCCGCCCCAGCAACAGCAACAUGCGCUGCAGCGGCAAUCCUUUGGUUUUCCAUACCCACGACUGGGGUUGACCCAGCGCCUGCAGCUGCAACGCCAUCAGCAGCAGCAAUCACACCCAAAUCAGCGUGAAUUUGGCAAAACUCAGGCCAUUUGCUAA